AUGGCGACUGCAACCGGUUAUGUGGCAGAUAGCGACGAUGAGAAUCGGGUCGCAUAUACUCUGGCUUACAAUGAAGUUUCAAUGGGAAGUGAUGGGCAAGUUCUGACCGAUGAUAAGAAAAAGAAACAACGAGAGAAAAGAGGCUACUGCUUGGAAUGUCGAGGACCCCCAAUUAUGCUGUACACCAUUAAAAAGAGCCGGAUGAAUCCUCUAUUCACGACUAAGAAACCUCUGUUUGUGGAUGGACUCUGUGGAAAUGGGUUCUGCUUUCUAUGUCACCCAGAUAAGGAUCCCGAGAAGGACAAGACAAGCAAGAACAAGUAUAUGAGAGGGAAAAUGUCACCAGUACCGAUCGGAGGUCGACGCAGUAUCCCAGUUAUUGGCAGUCAAACCUUGAACCAAGUCUUUCAAAGAUCUCCAAAGCCUUCUCCUCAAUCCACACCGCUUUCAUCUCCUAAUGCGCUUCGACGAACCUCGGAUUCAGUAGUCAGCCAACGACGAGUAUCUGAUCCAGCCAAUAAUCGAUUGAGUAGUCCAAUCUCGCUAGGUCGCAAGAGUGUUCCAGCAAUACCAACAUUGCCCAACCUAUCUGCACCCGUGUCCGACGAUGACGACGAAGAUCCUGCGGACAGCAAACCACGAGCACCCUCGAAACAAGAAUUGGAGGUGCCCGCCCGACAGGUACCUCCCUCGGAGGUGGAUGGAAGAGCCCGGCAGUAUUGUAGUGACAGCGUAUUACCUCGUAUGUCCGUCAUGGACGAACCGUCUCGACGACCAAGCAAAAACAGUGAGGGUGAAUCGUCUCAAGGUGGUGAAUCGCCACGGCAGAACCAACGCUUGGGUGAAUCCAUUCGCAGCAGUGAUUUUUCGUUGAAUGAUCGCAUUGCAGAUACUAGUUCUCCUAUGCCAUUUCAGGAGUCAUUUCCAAGUAUGGGAGGUUCGGCAUUUGCGGAGUCCAUAACAGAGGAGGACGUCCAACUCAUAAUAACCGAGUUGGAUUCCUUAUUGUCCGAGUUGAUGGAGGUACCCGGGGCUGAGGAAAUUGUGGCUCAGAGUGUGGUGGGCGCCAUGCGAGAGCAUCGGACAAAGGAAGAUGUCUUGAUUUAUUGUUUACGAACCAUUUGGGAAUCUUGCAAGGACAGUGACAACAUGAAGCGGGAAGUCAUGAAAUUGGGCGUCUCGGAGGACAUUGCGAAUGCCAUGACGAAAUUCUCCAAGUCGGCUGUAUUGCAAGAAGUGGGAUGUGGUGCAACCUGGUCAUUGGCCAUCAAGGCUGAGAAUCGACAAGCCUUUAUCAGAAGAGGAUCUUGUGCCCUUAUUAUGGCGGCGAUUGAACGAUUCAAGACGAAAGAAAAUGUGGUUUGUUCGGCAGUGGGUGCAGCACGGACCUUAUCUCCCGAAGAUGACGCCCGGGAACCUCUACGGGUAGCAGAGGGUUCCAAGAUGGUGGCCAAGGCCAUGCAAGCACACCCAACCUCGAGUAUCAUUCAACGGGAUGGUUGUGCCUUUUUGUCCAAUGCGGCAGUCGACAUGAAGCAACAAUACGUGACGGUUGUGUCGAAAGAAGAGCUGGAAACCGUGCUCCAAGCGAUGCACCAUCAUCGCAACGAUCCUGCAGUGGUAGCAGGGGCAUGCUUUGCGCUAAAGAAUUAUACCGUCGACGAGAACAAUUGCCGUACUCUGCGCAAGAUUGGGACUUCUAUGGAACUUAUUCAGCAUGCAGCUGGAUUCAUGGCAUCUCCCUCGUGCAUGGAAGAUGCCGAAGAUAUUUUGGAAUCCAUGCAAUUUGCCCAGACUUUGGACAAUUCCAUUGAAGAUGAAGCCUAUGUGACAUUUUCUAGCACUGUGGAACAGCAAAUUAGCUUGCCGGGCUUUGUGAAUCGAAUUUUAGAUUUUAUGGAGGAAAACGACUGGUCUGCGAGACUGACAGCACUUGGGCUCCAAACCUAUGGAAGUCUUGCCUUGAGUGAUUCCAGUCACAGCGAUCGUGUGUACAACCAAACAAAUUUGUCCCGAAUCGUUCAAUUUGCCAAGAACCUCAAGGAAGAACAAUCCGUGUGCAUGGAAGCUUGCAAUCUCUUUACCAUUUUGGCUGCGGAAGAGAGCAAGCGGCCUAUACUAACAUCCGUCGGUGCAUGCGAUGUUCUAUUUCACAGCCUCACUUUUCAACGCAACGAGGCCUUGAUUCGAAAUUGUUUGCAAGCUCUCGAAUUACUUGCCUCUUCGAAUGCAGGUAAUUGUAUUGCCAAGAUCAAGCCGCAGAAAAAAGCCAUUCGCGAAGCUUUGGAAGCCAAUCAAACGAGCGAUUCUAUCAUGAUGAGUGCCAUGACGAUAUUGUCACUGGUGGACUAG